CAUUGCCGUAGUGCUCAACACGAAAAAAAAAAUUCAAAAAAUAACAAUACCUACGGAAUAGGUAUAGAAACAAUUGCGCUAGAAUUCAAAGUUAUGACCAGUCUGCCGGACGAUCAGGGUCCCAAUAUCUGCAACUGUCGUCGCAUGCGUUCCGAGUGCUGGAUACGACAUUCGAUCUCCGCCGAGGACACGAUGACCCGUCUGGCCCUGAAGUACGACACCAGCAUUGGCCACAUCUGCCGGGCCAAUCGCAUGCACCGACAGGAUGUCCUGCAGGCACGCCACCACGUUUGGGUGCCCAUUCCGCGGCGUCAGUUCCAGAUGGCGAGUCCACAGAAACCGCAGUGCCACCAAAGUGCGCAGAUCCCGGCCAGAGCAGAAAAGCCGAACUUGCCGCCACAUUUCUACCGCCAAAGUGAUCCCAAUCCGAAUCCCUUUGCCGACGAUGGCGAUCCCCUGCUGGUCAUCACAGAAAUCAAGUAGUGGCACUGCAAGGAAAAGUCCAAUAAAUUGUUUGUUAGCAAUUAUUGUAUAAUCAUUUUGUAUAAGUAAAUAAGACAAUAGUUUUUGGUAGUCCUA